UUCUCUGGGUGACCGCCCAGGCCCCUCUGAUUCUGGAGAGGAAGAGUCCAAGAGAAGAGUUGAAGAGUCAGCCUGUGGGCCUCAAUGUUGUGGCUGGGGGCAGGGAGCCAGCAGAGCCGGGAGCCCGAUGAGAGCAGGCCCGGCCGCGGGAGCAGGAGCGGAGGCCGGGCCGGGAAGAACCCCAGAGAUGAAAGGCCUUCUCACGCUGGCUUGGUUCCUGGCUUGUAGUGUGCCUGCUGUGCCAGGGGGCUUGCUGGACCUCAAGUCCAUGAUUGAGAAGGUGACCGGAAAGACCGCCCUUACGAACUACGGCUUCUACGGCUGUUACUGUGGUUGGGGCGGUCGGGGGACCCCCAAGGACGGCACCGAUUGGUGCUGCUGGGUGCAUGAUCACUGCUACGGGCGGCUGGAGGAGAAAGGCUGCCACAUCCGGACACAGUCAUACAAAUACAGAUUUGCACGGGGACUGGUCACCUGCGAGCUCGGGCCCCUCUGCCAAGUGCAGCUCUGUGCCUGUGACCGGAAGCUCGUCUACUGCCUGAAGAGGAAUCUGAGGAGCUAUAAUCCUCGUUACCAAUACUUUCCCAACAUCCUCUGCUUCUAGUGGCCCUCAGUGAGCUCCUUGCUCCCUUCUCCUCCCACACGGAGCUCACCGACUCCCCUGGGUUCCCAAGAGAGGCUCGCAGUCCUGGACCUCCUUCUCUCUCCAUGGUCCACGGGGCUUGGCGGAGCCCCACGGCCACACUCCACGCUCCAGAGAGUCCCAGGAGAAUGACUCUGGUCCCAGGACCCCGCAAGGUCCACUGUGAGGUGGGCUCCCCCCAAGCUCCAGGCCGGCUGUCUUCCCGCUUGCCCUGAAGACAGCGCCCCUUCUCCAGGAGGAAGAUACAUUUACUUUGCAGUUUCUGUAGUCGGACUAUCACUACCACCCUCUAGAGAAUUUUUACUCAAGGUAGAAGCAAAAUUGACCCCCUAAUU